UUUGGUUUCUUUCAGGAGCUUGAGACGAUGAGCAGAUAUACCAGUCCGGUGAACCCAGCCGUGUUCCCCCACCUCACGGUGGUGCUGCUGGCCAUUGGCAUGUUUUUCACUGCUUGGUUCUUCGUCUAUGAAGUAACCUCCACCAAGUACACCCGGGACAUCUACAAGGAACUGCUUAUUUCUCUGGUGGCUUCAUUAUUCAUGGGUUUUGGCGUACUCUUCCUACUACUGUGGGUUGGUAUCUAUGUGUGACAGUAAAGCAGGAGCUGCUUCAGGUUCCAGGUAGAAGCCUUACUGAAGCUCCUUUUUCUAUUUUUGUACUUAACAUGGCUCAUCACAGGAGGAGGACACGUGUGGAAUCCAGAGUGCCCUAACAUCUAAUAAAGUUGGCUCUGUGAUGUGCUGAA